AUGGCGCCGAAGACCGCGCAAAAAACAGCAGCCUCAAGACCGGGCGUUGCCAUUGCAAAGCAAACACCCACAAAGAGAGGACGUCCAUCAGCAGUCGCGCAAGAUGCGUCGGUCGGGAAAAGACCCAGGCAAAGCAGUGUUCAACCAGGCGACCCUGUGCCCCAAGGCAAGAAGCGGCGCUACAGGCCAGGCACCCUUGCGCUGAAAGAGAUUCGCCGCUACCAGUCCAACACCGACCUGCUCAUGGCCAAACUGCCUUUUGCUCGUCUGGUCCGUGAAAUAGCCCUCGAUUGCCGUCCUGAAGGCGAGGAGCUCCGCUGGCAGUCGCAGGCCAUCCUCGCGCUCCAAGAAGCUGCCGAGGCUUUCCUGGUGCACUUAUUUGAGGACACCAACCUGUGUGCCAUCCACGCCAAGCGUGUCACCAUCAUGCAAAAGGAUAUUCAGCUCGCCAGACGAAUCCGCGGCGUAUGGGGCGGCGCUGGCUGGAUAUGA